GGUAACAACUUUUGUUUUUUUUUUGCGUUUUUUUGGUGCGAGGUGUUGUAGGUGUUUGGUUAGACAACCGGAAAAAAUAAUGGAGUUACUGACACCGUAUUUAAAUACUGUUAAAGUUCCAUCAGCAAACGACAAAGUGUACAAAGAUGAGUGUGUGUAUUCUUUCGAUAAUCCGGAAACGGACAGUGGUUUAUAUGUGAGCCUAAAAAGCUUUUAUGGGUUGGGAAGAGAUUAUGUUGAGAAACAUUUUCGUAAAACUUCAGAGGCAGUGUAUUUACAUAUUCGACGAAUAAGACAUGAAGUAACAUCCCCAACACAAGGAGAUGGUCCAGAGAAAAAAAUUACAAGAUUGGCAAUUGGUGUAGAUGGAGGUUUCGAUCCAGAUAUGGGCAAGAAAUUUGAGUUCGAAAACAUUUAUAACUUAGUGAUUUUACCCUCCUUCACAACACUUCCAUGGCCAAGCGCGGAGAUGCCUCAAAUUGUAAAAACAUCGAUUGAAGCAAUAUUAGAGGCUCCAUCUGCAAGUAAGUUAGUAGAAAUGGAAGCGCUGACAGGAACGUGGGAUGGUGAAACGCGCAUAGUGUCACAAUAUGCCAAUGACUUACCUCAACUAAACAAUGGGAAAAAGAUUCCGCCUGCAGGAUGGCAAUGUGAAAAAUGUGAUAAAGCAGAUAAUCUUUGGUUAAAUCUAACAGACGGUACUAUUCUAUGUGGCAGAAAAUUUUAUGAUGGAAGUGGGGGAAAUAAUCAUGCCAUUGAUCAUUACAAUUGUACAGGUUAUCCCCUGGCUGUAAAACUAGGCACGAUUACAAAAGAUGGUAAAGGUGACGUGUUUAGUUACAAAGAAGAUGAUAUGGUGGAGGACCCCAAUCUGGUUCAACAUUUAGCUCACUGGGGAAUAAAUAUUGCAAAUAUGGAAAAAACUGAAAAGUCUAUGGUAGAAUUAGAGCUUGAGCUGAAUCAAAAAUCGAAUGAAUGGUCGGCGUUACAAGAGAGUGAUGGAAAAUUAAAACCCAUUUAUGGACCUGGUUACACGGGAAUGACAAAUAUGGGCAACUCGUGUUAUCUUAAUAGUGUAAUGCAAAUGAUUUUUUCACUUCCAGACUUCAUACAAAAAUAUUAUCAUGAAGCUGAAACAUUCUUUAAUCAACUUACUGGAGAUCCAUGUGAGGAUUUCAAUGCACAAAUGUCUAAACUAGGAGUUGGUCUUCUUUCAGGCAAAUACUCGCUGCCUCCACCAGUAGGAUCUCCCACGGAUGCAGAUUCCCCAGGAAUUUGUCCUUUAAUGUUCAAGGCUUUAGUAGGCCGAGGACAUCCAGAAUUUUCAACGAAAAAACAACAAGAUGCUCAAGAGUUUUUUCUCCAUCUUAUUGCUUUAUUAGAACGUAACAACAAAAAUAAAGUUAAUCCUGGGGACUGCUUUAAAUUUAAAGUGGAGGAAAAGUUUCAAUGUAGUGCUAGUAAAAAAGUAAAAUACUUAACACGGUCUGAUGUUAUUUUACCUCUUAUUAUUCCAAUGGACGCAGCUGUGAACAAGGACGAGGUUGCUGCUUAUGAUGCAAAAAAAUUGGAAGCAGAAAAAAGUGGGAAAAAACUGCUUCCGAACACUGUGGUGAGGCCGAAAAUAAAUUUCUUGUCAUGUUUAGAAUUAUUUACACAGUCAGAAGUAAUAAACAAUUUUUAUAGUUCAGCCGUCAAUGCUAAUGUAACAGCUCGCAAAACCACCAGACUAUCAACGUUUCCAGAUUAUCUUUGCAUUCAGUUAAAAAAAUUUAUGCUUCGAGAAGACUGGGUACCCAUUAAAUUGGAUGUUUCCAUUGAAAUGCCUGAUAUAUUAGACAUUUCUAGUCUGCGUGGUAAUGGACCACAAGCUGAUGAAGAACUGUUACCAGAACCAAAAGUUCAACCUCCUGCUCCUGUAAUGGAUGAAGCUGUCUUAGCUCAACUUGCUGAUAUGGGUUUUCCACCAGAAGCUUGUAAAAGAGCAGUGUUUUUCACUCACAAUUCGGGUUUAGAAGCAGCAACAGCAUGGAUUAUGGAACAUAUUACUGAUUCAGAUUUUUCUGAUCCGUUUAUUCCUCCUGGUACAGAAAGUUCCCAAUUUACUCCAAACGCAGAAGCAUUAGCUACAAUUAUCAGCAUGGGUUUCACACAGAGCCAGGCCACUAAAGCAUUAAAGGCUACUGAUAAUAAUGUGGAGAGAGCCAUGGAUUGGAUAUUUUCUCACCCAGAUGAACUCGAUAACGUUACAUCUCCAGCCGCUCCAGAGUACCGAGACGGAGACUGCAAAUAUAAACUCGUGGCAUUUAUAUCUCACAUGGGUACUUCCACAAUGGUUGGUCAUUAUGUAGUCCACAUUCUGAAGGAAGGUCAAUGGAUCAUAUUCAACGAUAACAAGGUGUCUUUAUCGGAAAAUCCGCCAAAAGAUUUAGGGUACAUGUAUCUUUAUGAACGACUUUAAUAGAUGUGCUUCAGUAAGUUGUUUAGCGUCAUUAUUUUGUAUUUAUACAAAAUUAUAAUAAAUUAUCAUUUGAAUAGGGAUUUGUUAGCAUUUUAAGGAAAAAUGAAAUUAAAAAAAAGCGCUUUUCUUCUUA